UAGCGGUAGCGGCGGUGGCAGCCACAAGUGACAGUGAGUGGAGAGAGCGCAGAGCUGGGGAGCCGCGGAACAUGCGCUGCCACAAACCUCCCCCGCGUUGGGGGCCCCACCAAAUCGCACAUGUCGGGGAGCACAGCCGGGGCUUAGCAUCUGCCCAGUACUGCUGCAUGUAGAGCGGCCAUUCCCUGUGCGGACUUACCCCGACAGCCUGGCAUUGCCUUCCAAUCCGAUCUCCCCACUCGGUGGCACCGAUGGCCCCAGGAUGAUCCGCUUCCUUCUGCUGCUCCUGCUGCUUCCUGGGGCCGAGCCUAAAACCAACAAGACAGAUGACCUGGAGUCUUCAAAAGAGUCUUCUCCAAUGGUUGAGGACAGAGUCCCUGUGACUACCCAGACUACAGUCGAGAGUCCUCCUCCAACAUUUCGUCAGCAUAAGAUCAAAGAGCCUGCACCACAGAUCUUGCCUUCUAUGGAUGCCAAACUGUCUAGUCUCCUAGAAAAGUCCCUUUUAACAGCUCCUGCCAAAGUCCAUUCUGUACAUGGAGAAAGACGGGCAGUCUACACCAGCAAGCAGAAUGGGAGUCCAUUGCAAACAACCUCCAUGCCACACACAGGGCAUUCUCAUUCCACAAAGAGGCCUGUUGUGUCUAGAAAUGGAAAUGCCAGGGAAUUAGCUCUGAAGAAGCUGAAAAGCAAAAAAGCACCUAGCCCUCGGGCUAUGGAUAUAAAGAUGCCUACAGAACCAGGCCUUGCUGAGACAGAGGGCCUAGGCCAGGCAUUGUUACAUGAAGUGAAUGUGACAGUGCAAGGUGUGGGCCACAUGCACUCAACAGUUGCCACCGGUUCUCCAGAGCUAAGCACCAGAGCCAGGGAACAUCAGGUCACUCCUGGCCGGACAUCUAUGACGAGACCAUUAAAACAUGGAUUUAGUGAAUCUCCAACUGAGAACAGAAAGAUUGUAUCUGUGGGUUCUCCGACAAAACCUCACCACAGUAGGCUACUGAAAAAUAAAUCUAUCAUUGAUCUUCCUUCUGAUUUGUCCCUACGCACUUUAGCAUAUCGGAACACAAGCUCGUUCCACGUCCAACUCCCUAAUGUUGUUCACAGCUCUUCAAAUGUCACCUUUCCAGCUAUAUUACCGGAAAAAGAAACUGGGCCGAGUUCUCAUAUUGCCUCAGAACGCCUUAGAACUUCUACAGCAGACGCUGCAAAGGCCGUGAAAUCUGUCUUAGGGGAACAGAGGAUUAUAAAUAGCACAGAGAAAAUGACUUUGACUUCUCAAGGAGACAGGAACAAUGAUAUUUCAAGGCCUCUACUUUUCAAAAUGCUAGAUGCCCACGUGACAGGUGAAACUAGAGCGGCUCGUGCAGAGGGCGAUUCCAAAGUGAUCUUAAAGGGGCAUGAAAUGGAUUUGUUAAAGAAUGUUCCGAACCAAAGCAGGAAAAGCAAUUUCAGUUCAACAGCAAUACCGGUCCAGCCCGAUUCUACCACGCAAAAGCUGCCCCAAAUGACUUCAGCCAGGCCAGAGGCAGAUUUCGAGACACAAACCCUUCACAUAGAAAAAGACUCAAGUAAUAAAGCACUUGGGCAGGUUCAGUCGGAUACUAAACCUGGUCUUGGAUCUCCCAUUAAGUUGAGGAGACCAGGAAACACCUCCAUCCAAAUAGAAACGCAAACCAAAGCAGGGUCGCCCGUAUUGACAACAGGAAGCCCAAGAAAAGGACACACUCACAGCCCAGCUCAUCUGUCUCUCACCUCCCAUGGGAAACCCAAACAAAGACCACAAAAAGAAUCAGAGAAUUACAAGACGACAAAGCCUAACACAUCUGCCCAACCAGCGACACGUCAACAUGACGCAAGCAAACAAUUGCACUUAGGUCAAGGUCCAAAGGCCCAAACAGACCCUAAUAUCAAGACAGACAAACACGGCCCAUCAGUUACAUCUACAGAAGCACACAAGAGAGUACACGAGCAUAGCCCAACCACAAAAACUGGUAUAAUGUUAAGCUCUAUGUUUCCACCAGGGUUGCACAAAACAACCACGCAAACGCCACCAGUGCCAACUACUGCAGCUUUAUUAGGUACACACUGGUUUGGCAUACCAAUGCAAACAGAAGCUAGAAAAAUAAACUUGACACAGUCAGGAAUUGGGCUUAUUAACUCCAAUACAACACCACAUAUGCAGGGCACCUUAUCUACACGUGAACACUUGAUACAAUCCAGUAUGGAGGCUAAAAUCACAGGAAACCAUUCAGUAGUCACAGAGAGACUUCCAGAGUUCUCCACUCAGACCUUUCCUGAGCUGGCCAAAUAUAGUAUAGCAGGUCAAGCAACUGAUAGGAUUCCUCAGCUAGUUUCACACACCAAGCCAGUAGGGUCUGGCUGGUUCACACCUACUAUAUCUGCCAGUAGUGAGCUAUCUGCCAGUAGUGAACCGGAACUAUCCUCAGUUAGGCAGCCUGAGCUAACCACAAAAAGUCAUCUUGAGCUAUCUUCAGAUGGUCUGCCUGAGCUAUUCUCAAAAAGACAGCUUGAGCCAUCCACAAGUAGGCAGCCUGAGCCAUCCACAAGUAGGCAGCCUGAGCUAUUCACAUAUAGCCCACCUGAACCCACCACAAAAACCCAGCCUGAGAUAUCGCAAUGGAGCCAACAAGGGCUAUCUACUAAGGGACAGCUAGAAUUAACUACAGAGAGCCAGGCAGCACUGUCGACAUAUAGCCACCUAGAACAAUCCAAAGAAAGUCAGUCAAGUCUAUCCAAUAAGAGCCAUCUAGAGCUAUCCACAGAGAGCGAAUUGAAGAUAACCACACUCAACCAGCGAGAACGUUCUACACACAACCACUUCAUGCCAUUCUUAGAGACCCAGCCUGAGUUAUUUACAGUAAGCCAGACAGAGGUGUCCACCAACAACCAGACAGAAUUAUCCACACACAAAGAGCUUGAAACAUCCACAAAGAGCUAUCCAGAUAUAACUGUAAAAAGCCAACUAGAGGAAUCUGAAAACAGGCGCACACCUUUGAACCAAACAGCCAUUUCCACAAACAGCCAUGUUGUCUUGUACACUGUAGAGCUAUCUACAAGGAGUCAGCUGGACGUGACCACAGACACAGAGUUAUCAACAAUUAGCCAGACAGUGAUAUCUACAGAGAUUCAGCCCGAACAUUCCACUGACAACAUUCCAGAGUUGGUCACACAAAAACAUCCAGGAUCCUCCUUGCCAUGGUAUUGGGAUAAGUCUACAAAGAGUCAACUAGCGUUAUCCACGCAAAGCCAUCAAGACUUGACAACUGCUCGUAAUCAACAUGAGCUCUCCACACAAAGUCUGCCUAGACUAUACGCAUAUAACCAGACUGAAUCAGCCACAGAGAAUCAUCCAGCAACAACUAUAGCUCUACAGACACCCCCAGAAACAGACCUAAGCACAGAAAUUCAACCACAAUCAGCCACACUGGGGAGGACAGAACAAAAUGUAGAGACUGCACCAAGCCAGGGCACAGAGCCAUAUUCAUUCACGUGGAUUUACCCACAGUUAUCUACAUUUAAAAAAUCCGGCAGCCUACCAGAAUUAGCCACUCAAACAGCAUCAGGCCAAACCCACAAAACAACACAAAGUAAAGCACAGCUACUUACAGAAACACGACCAGGAAUAACUACCCAAACCCAAGGAGAAACACAUGAGCCAACCCACACAACUGAACCGACAAAUCAUAACGAAAAAAUCCACAGCACACUGACACACAAAAGCCGAAUAACAUCAACUCAUCAUGGACCAAAAUGGCAGACAGAGCUGACGUUAGAACCAAGUGCUACAAGCGCUAAAGGAAGCGAAACCCGAUUUACAUCACCCACAACAUCAGUAACAGUGGAAGAUUCACAUGGAGCCAAUUUUUCUGAAACGGCUCAAUAUGAAAGGAACUCUAGUCAGUCGCCUUCUUUUACACGGGACUCUGAAAUGAACCCAGCAUGGACUCGCAAGGACACUUCCACCUUAACAUCCAGCGUCCUUCCUGCCACUGCCAGUAGCUUUAAUGGAAUUACUACUACAGAAGAUAACAUGGUGACAGGAUCAGGACAAAUCUCACAGGAUUCUCACACAGUUCCGUUGAAUCCAUCCCUGCGGAUGAGGACCACCACACUAACUAACACUUUGGGGCCUGUACAGCCUGGAACAGACAGGAUAUUCAUUGUGGACGAGCAGCUGCCAGUCUUUAAAGUGGAAGCGAUUAAUGUCACCUACAGAAUGCAGCUGAACAUGGCGCUCUCGGCUUUGUGUGAUCAGCCGGAUCUGUGCCAGGCGCUUCUGCUUCAGGAGGUGGUUUCUUUCUAUAAGGCAGUGCCAGGAUUUGAUAGGAUUGAAUUACAGAAUAUCACGCUGGACAGGACGCUGGAGUAUCGAGUGCAUCUCAGGGUGGAAUCCGGCAGUGCAAUGUCUGACCUACUGGAGCUCGCCCUUAGUGACCCCACCUGGCUGUUUGGGGGGUCACACCUGCCAGAGGACAGCCUUACCUCCAGGGUCCGUAGCGUUGCUAUGGCAGAGGAUCACGCAGACCCCUGCACAGACUGGCUCUCCUGCCCGCUGGGCUUUCAGUGCUUGGCUGCCCGUUCCCUCGGCGCCCGCUGCCAUUCUCCCUGCCACGGCGGCUUCUGCCACAACCGAGGCAUCUGCGUCCACCGGAAGGAGCAAGAGCCGGAGUGCCAAUGCCCAGUUGGAAGAGACUUCUGGUACAUGGGGCAGACAUGUGAUUACCGGAUGACACACCAGCGCCUGACAGCCAUUGCCUGCGCCAUUGUGCUCUUCAUCAUCGCUUGUGCCGCCGCCGUCGUUUAUAUUCUUGUCCGUAGAUUCCAGACGCAGAUCCUGCAGCAGAAAUUGGCUCAGACGCAGAGCAGUUACAGGCGCUUUAGCAGGUUCGAUGAUGUCCCCACUCAUUUCUGGUGCCCAUCCCAAACAUGGCUGACAGCCUCAGGCUCGCUGAACUCCCUGGAUAACCCGGCUUUCAGCAGUUCGGAAGAAGUGUUCCCCCUACAGGCGCUGGGCAGCUGUGUGUGUGGGUGCCAGGAGGGGGCACAGAAAUGCGUACAGACCAGCCCAAUGCAGCCGCCAGCGGGUGAUCCUCCCAGGUUGGAGACCAGCGGGAGCAGCAUAAACGAUCUAAUGAUCGACUCGGGAAAAGCAAGCGAUGUGUCUGUAUCCAGCUGGCCAAUGGAACCAAUUCACUGGACUCCUUUUCCCAUCCUGCAUCAGCUCUCACUGCAGUCGCCGUUCCACGCACGCAGACCUCACUCGUACUUCGAAGGAAUGGAACUGGUAAACACCGAGAGGAGCUGGACUGCUUAGGUGCUUGGAAGGAUGAAGUGUGGCCAGUGAGGGGGUGAGGGAAUGGCCCAGCUGGGGGCAAGACUAGAAACCCCUGCCUUUCUGCCUGUUUGGGAACGCAAAGCCGCUUUGUGCUGGUUAGAGUGGGAGCUUUUCUUCUUCCCUAUGCCAUAAGGACAGAGCACAGAGAAUAUCUGGACUUGCCACAUUACAGACUUCGGCUCUUCUGGUUGGACAUGAUGAUGUGUUAUUAAGCUAAUUGAAAUAAACUGCACAAUAACGAAUAAACGUGGUACCAGGAACCAACCACAGGGGGGUCGGCGCGGCUCCAUUUUUUACAAAGUGUAUUUAAACUAAACACAACAAUUUGCCUCCACUUAAGAUGGGCCGGUCCAAUGACAGAAGAAGCGGGGGGCAGCGGUGUAAGAGCAACCAUACUUUAUUAAUUACAUAACAAGCUUCAUAAAACAAACAAAAAUAAGACAGGAAGCAUUCAAGCAUUUGAACAAUACAAUAAAACUGCUGUAAAUAAAACACUCCAUAUUUCAAGUGUCUGGAGGGCAGCUAAUCAAUGAGAAACCUUAAUCUCCUCCGGUGAAGUGUCACCAAGCUAGCUUUGGUUUUUUUUUGUUUUUUUACAUUUUCUUUAUAUAUUUAACUCAAGCCCUACAGAGAGACGUGAAUUGCAAUUUAUUGUAAGCCUCUCCGACGCAUUAGUCCUUUUGCUGUCCGAACGCAACACUUUGUCGAGUAAGGGCGACAGCCCUAAUGCCUUUCAAUGCUGUUCAUCCACAACUCCCAGCGGCGCCUGCUGGCUCUCGGGGGGGCGCUAGGGGGUCGUAGCUGAACGGACUGAGGGGCUGCGGGUUCAUACAUCCUAAUACCGCGCAAAAAAAACCCAUUCCAACAGCAAGAGGGCGAUUAUUCACUACAGUACUGUUUGUAAUAAGUUACAGGUAAAAUAAGUUUUACUGAAAUACAGAAGGCUUGUCUUGAAAUGACUAUCGUACGAGGAUCACAGCGCGCUUAGUCGGUAAGGUCAGCUACCCAAUAGGAACACCGGCGUGCCGUGAAGCAGCGCACAAAGCAGGACAAAUGUGCUUUAAGGAAAUAAAAACAAAAGGAAAGGUUUGCUAUUCAGUCACUGCUGGGUUGUUCUUGAACUGAGGUAUAAAGGCGCUAAAAAAGCAGAGACUCAAGUGUUAAAUAUCAAAUGCAAAGUUUCCGAGCGGCUGUGUCCUGUAGAAUAUUCAAGUUCCGAGCUUAGUGCAUGAUAGUACAGUUAGAUACAUGUUCUGGCAAAGUCCUCUAAGGUGAUCCCAGAUAAACUAAGGCUAUUCGUUUCAUGGCGAGGCGCCGGCCCCGCGCAUUGUACAAUAUUACACUUCUCCUCUGAUUAUUCAUCACAAAUACUAAACGCAGUCCGAGCAGAUUUAAGAUUUCUACUUUGUGUUUUCUUUUCAGACUGCAUUAAAAACAGCUUCCAAAUCAGAAAAAAAGUAAAUAAAAAAAAAAAAAAAAAUUGCUAAGCAGCGGAAAGAAACCACGGUUCACUACUCUCUCGACCCCUCGGGGCACGACGGUUGGGCCUCACUUUGCGGAAGAGGCCGCCGACGCUCGACGGGUUCGAACUUCAUCAAAAACAAUUAAAAAAAAUUGUAAAUUGUACAAUCAUUCUCUAUUGUAAACAGUUAAAAAAGCCACAAAAGUUGAUUUGUAUCAGCUGACACAAAGCAAUCUGAAUCAAGGCAAUGAGAAAAUGGCAAACAUUGUAGGUGGGGGGAGGGGGGACAGUGGAAUCGGUCCCUGGGAACCCAAAUUGCACCCAGUUUUUAAGAACGAACGUGGAAUUUUACAGUAAAAUCGAAUGCACCUUGUAGAGUAUUAUUUCUAUAUACACAUAAAAACAAUCAGAUAAAAAUACCACUGGCUUUGGAUAUCCCAGAGAUCGAAUCAGGGAGACUCGACUAAAUUCCUGUUUUUUUACUGCACCCCUGGCACUGAAGGGGGCAAAGAGCGAGCUUUUCCACCACAUACUAAAGGACCAGGGAAUUUUUUUUUUUAAAGUCAAACACGAUAUGUCUUAGCUUGACCAGGAAAUGGCACUGCUUUGCAGUAUUUUGCCGACGGAGGGGGCGGGGUUACAUCAGUAGUGGAACAUGGUGGGGCAAUUUCUGCUGGUUACUCCUGGCCUUUAUCUGUGGUGAAAACCAUUACGGGGUGGGGGGGUUUGAUUUACAUAUAUUUACCCUUGUCCAGCGUCUGAAUGAAUCGGCCGAACAAGCAUAACACCAUUUAUGGCAACAACAAAAAUGUAACUUGUUCCUUUUUGCAAUCAUUGACUUUGACAUUUAAAAAAUACACUUUUUUCUUUUUUAUACAACACACCAGAAAACAAAAAACAAACAAACCAAAAUCAUCGUCAUCAUCAGCCCAGUACUCUGUUACAAUGUGCAUAAAUGUGCAUAGUUACUAAAUAAUCGGCUUUUUU